AGGAUUGAAAGAGGAUGCUUUUUACUUUCUCAUUUCUUGCUAGGCAGCCAAGAAAAAAAGCAUGGCUUCUUCAAUCAAUCUCCCAACCAUUCCAGGCCCUCUAAAAUCCCAUUUUCUUGGGAGAAACCACCUCUUUAAUCGUCUCCACAAACCCUCUUUCACCAUUCAGAAACACCCAUCAACCCAACAGCUAAAAACAUGUGCCAAAUUUGACCUAUUCCAGAUCAUGGGAGGCAGAGGACUCUGCAAUGGAGAACAAGGUCUAGAACAGGAACUAAAGAGAAACAUUGAGGAAGAAGCAGCAGCAGCAGCCGAUGCAGAGCAAGAAAAAUCAAGCAGUUUAGCAAUAUCGACACCUGACAGUGUUCCAGAAAACGCUUUUGAGAAGGAGCUGAUGGGGCUAACUGGGGGAUUUCCUGGUGGUGAAGUGGGUUUGCAAACAUUCAUAGACAAAAACCCACCUCCAAAGAAAGCAACAGUUGCAGAUUCAGGAAAUCAAGUAGAAAUUACCAGCUCAAAGAAGCCAAAACCACCAGAAUUGCCACUGUUAAUGCCUGGUAUGAUUGCCAUUGUGAAAAACCCAGACAACCCAUUUUACAUGUACUGUGGCAUUGUUCAGCGAAUCACAGAUGGAAAGGCUGGGGUUCUUUUUGAAGGAGGAAACUGGGACAAAUUAGUUACUUUUCGAUUAGAAGAGCUGCAACGCAGGGAAAAGGGCCCUCCAAUGAAGAACCCCAAGUCUGCCAUCCUCGAACCUUUUCUUGAGAAAAAGGAUUCACAAUGAUUCGUUCUUUUCAUAUCUGUAGCAUGCAUGUUCAUAUCUAUAUGCCAUAGGUUUUUACAACUUAGGUAGCACAACUCCCAUCUGUAAACACUUUCUUUCAAUAUCAGUGUUCAAAAAAACAAAACUGGAGAAAGUAUGUCAAGGACAGCUUUUAAAUUCA